CGACGUUACCUGCACCUGAAUCUGUCUCAUUUCUAAUCCAGCCUUUUUGCUUUCCACAGCUGAAACUAGAAUUUUCACCUAUGAAGGUUAGAAGCGAGAUAGUUUUGGAAGAGGAGAAAUCUGCUGAUUUUGUAUUUAUUCCUCCAGAAACUAAAGCAAGAAUAUUGACAGAACAUCAGAAAGAAGUGCUUAGGUCAAAGAGAUCUGAUAUUCCUGCAAUGUACAACAAUUUGGACGCUUCACAAGAUACUACUUUAUUUUCUCAGUAUACUCAGAGUCAGGAAGAGUCUUUAGAAAAGCCUUCUUUAAGAGACAACACAAAAGAAGAUACGGAAAAGAAACCUCAGGAAGAAAAUGCAAAGAGCGAGGGCUGCAGGGCUGACACAGAUGAGAUCGUGGAGGACUGUGAGGCCGAUAACACCCCUGGCAGUGCUGCCUGUGUGGAAAACAGCUCCCUUCCCCACGCAGAGGAGAGCUCUGCUUCCAAAAGUGAGGGGGAGCUCAAGGACACAGCUGACACGGUUCUGAUGGAGCCGUCGUCUGGAGAGGAACUGGAAAAAAGCGCCAUAGAAGCAGCCUCAAAUGAGGCCUUGGUGUCGGGAGGAGGAAACACCUCCAACAUCAGCAGCAGUUCGACGUCGAGCGACGUGAUCUCCGGGACGCCGCAGCCCGCGAGCCGGCGGCAGUCGUUCAUCACGCUGGAGAAGUUUGAUAGUUCAGAGCACAGACCCUUCAGCGUCUCGGCCUUGCACAGCUUGCUGGAAGCUCCUGGAAAUGCUUCUGCGUCAGAGAAACAAGAAAAUACAAAAAAAUCCAAGGUUGAUGCUAAAGUAGAAAAGCGUGGUGAAAAGAGUAAGAAUGCUUCAAAACCUGAAUCUGAAGAAAUAGUUACUGCAAUACGAAGGCUGACUCGCAGGCAGAGCAAAAUUGAGCAACAAGGAAAUAAGCAGCCCAAGGUUUCAACUAAAGCAGACAAAGAGAAGAGCACACAAGAGUCUCUUGUUCCCAGCAGUACGGAAAAUAAUCCCGUGGAAGAAACAGAGCGUGUUCUGCUCAAUCAGUCUCAAGCUCUCCGUUCUACUGAUGCAGAAAUUAGAAAAACUGAAGACAGCCUAGCAGAAGUGGAAAAGAUCAGGGCACUGGAUGCAGACUCUAAAGAAAAUAAACCCCCGGAGCCCACUGCACCAUCUGACCAGCUCACAAGUGCUGAUAAUCAGGUUCCACAUGUGUCUCCUAGCCCGAAGGCGCUCAGACGGUCUUCAAGACGACGGUCAGAACCCGCAGAAAGUGCAACAGGGAGUCAAGAUAAGGAAAACAGCCACCAAAAGAAAGACAAGCGUAAAGACGACGAGAAGUCUGCGCAAAGGAAGGUGCCACAGGUUAAAGAGGAUGCGUCCCAAAAGCAGAAAGCAGCGGAAACUGGAAAUAAAACAGAAAACCACCCACCUGAGAGAGCUGCUGCAGAAGACUCUGGCUCCAGGGAGUCUCGUGCUCCAAGGGCCCCUGAUGAGGAAGAGAACAGAAGUGCCAGGAGGCCAGAAGAGGGUGCGAAGGCUGACGCGGAGAGUCAGGACUCCAGUUCGGAUGCAGCGGGUCAGAAGGUGAAGGAGCGGCCACGGUACCACACCAGGAGAGCGUCACAGGGGCUGCUCUCCAGCAUAGAAAACUCCGAGUCUGAAGGCUCGGAGGCCAGGGAAGAAAACACCAGGAAGAAGAGAUCGGGAAGAGUGAAAAAUGACUCUCCUGAAGUUAGAUUGAAAGAACAGGUGCCAGAAGGGCACAGCCAUGAGGUGUCUUCUCAAGAAACUGAAACUAAGGAUGUGCUGGAAGUGAAGGCGAGUGAGCGGAGCUGCGAAGCCAGCGCAGAGGCUGUGCCCCCGUGUGAGCCCGACCAGCCCAAAAAUCAGGCAACUCCCCCGGGAGCCGCCAGCUCGGAGGGCUCCCCUGGCGCACAGAGCGCAGCGGGGGAACAGGACAAAACCGAGGUGCUCGCCGAGGCUGGCAGCAACCCGGGCCUGGCUGAGCAAACCUUGAAAGCAGAGGAGGAAAAUAAAUGUGGGGAAAAGCGAAAAAACACAGAAGACGCAAGCUCAAGUGUUCCGAGCGAACUUGUAGCGGGAGCAAAUGCUUCAGGAAGUGGUUUCUCCUCUUCGCCAGUACUUGAGUGUCAGCACAAGAGAAGCAAGAGGACGAGAAGAGCAAAGAGCUGUGAUUGCUGUGUAAAGGUAAAACGGCAACUGAAGUCAUUAACUGAAAUAAAAAGUGAGACUGAUCACAAGCUGAGCGAGCCCCAAACAACCCCUACUCGGGCAGCCGUAAACACGUCGGAGGUGUCUGAGGCUUCUAACCUGGAGGAGAGCUUGUCCAUGGCGCCGUGUGCCAUGAGCACCCCCCUGCUUCCCACUAAGGAGCCUGGCGCACUUGGCUCGCAAGGAGAGCCCGAAUCCAGGGAGAGCCUGCAGGGGAAUCGUGCCGUGGUGGAGGAGGAUCUGGAGAAGGACGCAGCGCACGCGGCAGGUGGGAGCAGCGACUCGGUGGCGGGAGCAGAAGAGCCCGUUGAUCAGAGUGACCCAACGGAGCCGUGUCCCCCGGCCGAGCCCACGCACAGCGCGGGGGCUGCAGAGGAGGAAGAGCAAGGGCCAAAUGCACAACUGGAGGAGGCGCCUGCGGCGCUGGCUGCUGCCGGCCAAGCUGAGGAGACAGACACCAACGAGCAGGAAGCUGAUCGGGAUCAUAAGGAUGAAAUUCUCCUGGGAGAGCCUUACAGUUUUCAGGAUAGGGAGAUGAAAGAGGAAUUGAUAGAAACUGAAAUUGAAGUGCCUGAAAAUGAAGCCUUAGAUAAAGAAGGUGCAGAAGGAAGCAACAGUGUGGACUCACCUGAAAAGCCAAGAGAUCUUGAUGCUUUAGUUCUAAUUAAUGAAAGCCCUACCAGUGUGCAGGCACGCUGUGUGUGGUCGCCUUCAGCUUCUCCAUCCACCAGUAUUUUAAAGAGAGGUGUAAAAAGAAACCAAGAUGACGACUCCUUGUCACCUGCUAAUAAGAUUCGUCGAGUUUCUUUUGCAAAUCCAAUUUAUCAAGAAGGUCUGGCAGAUGACAUAGAUCGGAGAAGUCCCGUCGUUAGAUCCCAUUCUUCAAAUGGUUCCCCGUCUUCACGAAGUCUUAAAAUUUUAUCUAACAUCCAGGCUAAGCGUAUUACCACUCCAACCAAAGGAUUUCUGUCCCCAGGAUCUCGUAACCCUAAAUUUAAGAGCUCAAAGAAGUGUUUAAUCACUGAAAUGUCCAAAGAAUUGCUGCCUUGCUCGACAGAUCGUGUGUAUCCUGCCCUAGUUGGCUGUAAAGCACCAGUUGAUAUAAUUUUACCUCAGAUUACAUCGAAUAUAUGUGCAAGAGGUUUGGGGCAGCUCAUUCGAGCGAAGAAUAUUAAGACUGUGGGUGAUCUGAGUACUCUGACGGCAUCGGAAAUCAAAACUCUUCCUAUCCGCUCUCCUAAAGUUUCCAAUGUUAGAAAAGCUCUAAAAGGAUAUCACGAGCAACAGGUGAAGUCUCGAGGGUUUGAGGAAAUAGCAGCACUUGAAGACACCGAAAAGCCAGUGAACAACGUGGAGGAUAAAUCAUUUUCUGUGGAUGAAGAAAAACUUGCAACAGAUCUGAUGGACCCGGUUGUGCUGAGCGCGAAGGGCCCCGGCGCAGCGGAUCUCCCGCGGCAGGUGGAGGCGCUCGCGGCUCAGCUGGGCGCCGCCGAUCUCCACAGCUACCCGGGAAGCCAACUCUUCGAGAUGCACGAGAAGCUCGUGGCCAUGACAAACUGUAUCAUGAAAAACCUGCAGGCUCGCUGGAAAUCGCCACCCCAUGAAAGUUUUGAGUAGCUGUUGAUAAUUUCUAGGCAAGGGGG